ACACUGUGAUCUCGUGUUCAGGGUCCAACCAGAGACGAAUGAUGUCGGUGGAUAAAGGAAUGGAACAUCAGUUUCACCAGUUCGAUAACCCUGAGAAUAGCUCUGUCCAUGGAGAGCCCAAUACACAGCCCACACAUGGAGGUUUGAACAGGAAGAGGAUUCUUGGCCUCUAUGGCGUCCUGGUGCUGCUGCUGCUGAUCCUGCUCAUGGUCACCGGGAUCAAAUUCUCCAACUUAAACCAGGAAAUCACCGAGGUCCGAUUACACCUGGAGAAAAUCAUCUCUGCUGGUGGAACACCUCAGCAGGGCGCCUACUUGAAGAAACUCUCCCCAGUGAGAGGAACAUGUAAGGACGGGUGGUCGUCUUUCGAGAGAAGCUGCUACCUGCUGGCCACCGCGGCCGCGACCUGGAGCAAAGCAGAGGAGCAGUGCCGUGCACACGGGGGACAUCUGCUCGUCCUCAACAAUCUGGAGGAGCUGGACUACAUCUCAAGAAUUGUUGAACUCAGAACAAACUACUGGAUUGGGCUUGUGGAGCGAGAACAUGAGGGACACUGGAGCUGGGUGGACGGCACUGAUUUCAAAUCAACACCGACUUUCUGGGACAAAGGCCAGCCGGACAACUGGGCCUACAGCAAGAAAGGAGAGGACUGCGGGGAACUCCGCCCGUCCGAAUACCGCCGACGCAAGCUGUGGAAUGAUGCGGACUGUACCCUGCCGUACCCGUACGUCUGUGAAAGCAGGGCAUGA